GAUUUACUUUGAGUGGAUCCUUUUACCUUGUUUCAGUUUACGCACGAUUGGCACACCUGUAAUGUUCAUUGAACGAGGCGAUUCCAGAGAGUUUUCCUCUGAUUACAUAUUGAUCCAAAGAUGUGGAGCUGCGUGAUUAUCAGACACGUCACAGUCUCCUCCCCGUUAAAUCCACCUGUCGCUCCACCUGCAGCAGAAACACCAACACUCGAGCGCAGGCGGCACCAUGGGAGGCCUCUGUUCCAGUGAGAAAAUGGCAGAUAUUUUUACAUAUGAAAGUUCAGAAGUUGACUGGUGUGAAGACAACUACAAACACUCUGAACACGUGGUGGAGUACUUUAACACCAUUAGCAGCUUUUUUUUCUUCAUCAUAUCACCCAUCAUGCUCUACCUGCUUCACCCUUAUGCCAAAGAGAGGAGCCUGGCCAUUCACAUGGUCUGGAUCAUGAUGAUCUUCGUAGGGCUUUUCUCUGCAUACUUUCACAUGACACUGAGCUUUGUUGGGCAGAUGCUGGAUGAGCUGUCGAUCUUGUGGGUGUUGGCGGUAGGAUAUGCUAUUUGGUUCCCACGCAAGCUCUUCCCCUCGUUUAUAAAAGAGAGGUCCACGUUUUCAAAGCUCGUCUUCGCGUUGACUGUCUUCACCACGGUGUCAUCGUUCGUCAAGCCCACGGCCAACGCCUACGCAUUAAACUGUUUCGGCCUCCAUAUUCUUUACUUCCUGUUUCUGGAGAUUAGAUGCUGCACCGACCAGAAGGCUCUGCGUCUCGCCAAGCUGGCGGUGGCUCUGUGGGUGCUCGCCAUCUCCUGCUGGAUCAGCGACCGUUUCGGCUGCAGUUUCUGGCAGCGGCUGAACUUCUGCUACUUGCACGGGAUCUGGCACAUCCUGAUCGUGAUGGCUGUAGCCUACGGCACCACGCUCAUAGCUUACCUGGACGCAAACUCCGAGAUCCCAUACACGCUGCCCGGCCUGCACUACUGGCCCUGUGAUAAAUGGGCUGUUGGGUUACCUCACAUUGUCCUGAGAGACGCGACGAAGACUCAGAAACGAUGCUGAAGCAUCACGUUUAACGCCGGGGGAACAUUUCUUUUAGUUUACUGCUGGGGGAGCUACCGGAGCCACCGAGGCAGUCGUGUCACCGCCAGCGGCAGAAUCUGAGCGUGAAGUUCAAAGGGUAGAUCGGUUAAUCUUAAGAUCUAAAGUUAAAGCUGCAUUUGGUUCUUUACUGGAAGAAUUAGACCCAAAUGCAACUCUUCACCGAUUAUGGAUGAAUUAUUGAUGACUAUUAAUAAAAAACAGCUGAGCUGAUGUGGAAGAUUUACCUCUGAGACGAUUUAAAGCUUUUAAAAAGAAAUAAUUUCAGACAAAAUGAGAGGUUAAACUCGUCACAUUGCUCUAAAAUAUAUAUGAACAUGUUUUUUCCGUUAAACCAUAUAGACAUUUUUGUAUGUGUGUGUUUUAAAACUUUUUACAAUUUUAUAUACAGUAUUUCUACAUGAAUAUAAUCCAAAACAUAAAGAGUCUCUCAGAAAUCAUCAACAUUUAUUUAUUUACUACAUUAUUAUUCUUAUUUUUAUAAAUGACAUCCUUAGAUUUUGGUUGUUUAUUCUUUUUUACUUUUGUUUCAAACAUUGUAUGUAAUUAAUAUUAUUUUAAUUGUCUUUUUAGGGGAAGAAUACAUUGGAUGUAAAAAUAUAUAUUUAAAUUUUAAAGAAAAAACUUGAAAAGGAACCAAAUGGCCAUUUGGACUUAUGUGGAGUCCAUUUUUAUCUCUUUUAAGAUCAUGAACCUCAAACACUAAGUUGUAGAG